UUAACCUGAUAUCAAUUUAAACCCGGCAGUAAUUCCACCAAGAACAUGGUCCGCAUCAGCUAAUCGCCCUGUCAUAUGAUGUUGAUGUCCGAGUCAAGUCUUAUAUAAGAACUAUCUUCUUGCUCUGAAACCUAGAAGGUUGAGCUAUUUCGCAUAUCUUCAAAUCUUUACUUGGAAAAAUAAAUAUUAGACAAUGACAAUCGGAAGCCUUAAAUCCGCAAACGAGAAGGUAUCGCGAAAGAGCAAGCAAGUUGUUGAUGAGAGAGCCCCUCUCUUACCCACUAAGCAGGAGGAAGAUGCUGGGUUUGAUGAGUUCAAUGGGGCUUCCUUUAGUGGGGCAGUCUUUAAUUUGUCGACGACAAUUGUUGGUGCUGGAAUCAUGGCCUUGCCUGCAACUAUGAAAGUAUUGGGUCUUAUUCUUGGAAUUGCUUUGAUCAUAUUUAUGGCAUUCCUGACAGAGGCUUCAAUUGAGUUGUUGCUUAGGUUUAGUAGGGCUGGCAAAACUGUUUCUUAUGGAGGUUUGAUGGGAGAAACUUUUGGAAAGUAUGGCAGGAUGUUGCUGCAAAUAUGUGUUCUGGUCAACAAUGUUGGUGUACUUGUCGUGUACAUGAUCAUCAUUGGUGAUGUGCUUUCUGGAACAACCUCAAGUGGAAUUCACCAUGCUGGUGUCCUAGAAGGUUGGUUUGGAUUGCAGUGGUGGAAUGGUCGAUUCUUUGUUCUUCUUGUAACAACUCUUGCAAUAUUUGCUCCAUUGGCAAGUUUAAAGCGAAUUGAUUCAUUAAGAUUCACAUCUGCAUUAUCAGUUGCACUGGCGGUUGUGUUUCUUGUUAUUACCGUGGGAAUCACGGUUUUCAAGUUGAUAAAUGGAAGCAUUUUGAUGCCUAGAUUGUUUCCUGAUGUUUAUGAUUUGACCUCAUUCAUCCAACUAUUCACUGUCAUCCCUGUUCUUGUCACCGCAUACAUCUGCCAUUACAAUGUUCACUCAAUAGAUAAUGAGCUUGAAGACAAUACACAGAUAAAAGCAGUUGUACGAACCUCGCUUUCUCUCUGCUCAACUGUGUAUGUAAUGACAAGCCUAUUUGGAUUCCUUCUGUUUGGCAAUGCAACUCUUGACGACGUGCUCGCCAACUUUGACACUGACCUUGGAAUUCCAUAUGGCUCCCUGCUUAAUGAUGCUGUGCGUGUUACCUAUGCUGCCCACCUGAUGCUUGUCUUUCCCAUUGUUUUUUAUCCAUUGAGGUUGAACUUGGACGGCCUCCUCUUCCCUUCUGCAAGGCCUUUGACUUUGGAUAACUUGAGGUUUGCAUCACUCAGCACUGGGCUAAUCACUCUCAUCUUCUUGGGUGCAAAUUUGAUACCUAGCAUUUGGGAUGCUUUCCAGUUCACUGGAGCAACUGCAGCAGUUUGCAUUGGGUUUAUCUUUCCUGCUGCCGUUACCCUUAGGGAUUAUCAUGGUGUAGCAACAAAGAAGGACAAGAUCUUAUGUAUUUUUAUGAUUGUACUUGCUGUCUUCUCAAACCUGGUGGCCAUUUAUAGCGAUGCCUAUUCCUUGUUAAAGAACAAUGCAUCGCCGCAUGAAUGAACUCUCCUACCAUAAAGACACCCUGAAGGCCGGAUCAUUUCGAGUGAUUCAGAAGUUCUUGGGUUUCUGUGAAGUCUGAUGAGUCAAGUUUCAGUAAAAUAGCACUCUGCUCAACGUCUAGGUUCAGUUACUUUGCCGGAGGUGUAUGGAGACUUGUAUGCAUUCUGAAUACUUUUUCCUUCCUGUGCACUAUGGUACUGCAGUGUGUUUAAUACUAAAUGCUUGUGUGCACUGGAACAAAGUUAUAGAAAUAGAAAUGUAUAGCUUGGCUGUGUAAUAUGUUAUUUUCUCUCUUCCCUUGGUUUGGUUCUCCUUUUGUUUGCCUCUCUGAUGAGUUUACUGGGAGACUGAGUUCUGAAAUUAUCACCUGCAUAUUUCCAAAACGGGAAUAAAUCCAAACCAUGAAAUCUGAA